GUACUACUUUUUUAGGAAAAUUCGGCGUUAGUUUGUAAUAAAUUAUUAAAAAAGAUGGCGUCGGUGUAUCUUAUUGUGCAUGUUUUGAUUGUGAGGAUUUUCCUCUAACUACUGGAAAAAUUCCAUUUUGUGGAUUUCUUAUAGGGUGCGAAUGGCCAUAAAAUUGUAUAGCUGUACCCUGGCUCAUGCCUGUUCGAUUAAGAUUUCACCUGCACCCCUCCAAUCUAAAUUAUUAAGCUUACUAAACUAAACUCCGUUAAUUUCCAACGAUUUAUGCUUCAAUGUGGCCAUUUUUGUGGUAGCCAUAGUUUCGGUUUGCAACUAAUUUUCUAUAUAUAUUAAAGAUAAUGGCGUAGUUCGUAAUUUUUCAAAUAAUUUAAUUUAUAUUUUUAAAAGAUAAUUAAUUAUUGUUAAAAAUGGCCGGUCCAAAGAUUGCUAUUAUCAUUUACUCUUUAUACCACCACGUCUAUACCUUAGCUCUUGAAGAAAAGAAAGGUAUUGAAGAAGCUGGUGGUGAAGCUGAAAUUUUCCAAGUUCCAGAAACUUUACCAGAAGAAAUCUUAAAGAUUUUACAUGCUCCAGCUAGACCAGAAAUUCCAAUUGCUACUUUAGAAACUUUAGAAAAGUUUGAUUCUUUCUUAUUUGGUAUCCCAACCAGAUUUGGUAACUUCCCAGCUCAAUGGAAAUCUUUCUGGGACAGUACUGGUCCAUUAUGGGCUAGAGCUGCCUUAAAGGGUAAAUUUGCCGGUAUUUUCGUCUCCACUGGUUCUCCAGGUGGUGGUCAAGAAGCUACUAUCAUCAAUGCUUUAUCCACUUUAACCCAUCACGGUAUUUCAUUUGUCCCAUUAGGUUUCGCUAACCCAGCUCAAGGUUCAUUUGACAAUGGUAUCCAAGGUGGUUCUCUUUGGGGUGCUGGUACUUAUGCCGGUCACGAUGGUUCUAGACAAGUUACCGAUAUUGAAAAGUCAAUUGCCAAGACUCAAGGUCUCGAUUUCUACAAGACCAUCACUAAGUUUGGUUCUAACUAGAUAACUAAGUAUUACUCUUUUAU